UUUUUUUUUCGCGCCAAUAAAUACCCGUCGUCUGCCGACGCUAUAAAACUCUCAUCAAACCACGGGAGAUUGUCAUUUUAUGUCCUACCGCAAACCCGCACACACACGGGUACAACGCAUCGGAUUUUGGCUGCGGCAUCGUCGUACUUGGCCAUGUCUGAGUUUGUACAUGUGUGUUGUGUGUGUACGUAUAUCAUGUUUAACCGCAGUUGAAAGUAAUUGGAAUCCAGUUCGAGAUAAAAAGCAAUUUAUGAACGAACGUCAAGGGGAUAUUCAUAUUCGUCAUAUAUGUAUCUGGAAGUGGUGCUCGGUGGAUUUUAAACGCACCUGUGCCUUUAUUUGGAUAUAAACUUGACUUUAAAGCACCGAUCGGUUGUCUUUUUUCAAGUAGGAGUUUGCUCGGAGCCCAUUGAUUACCUUCAGAACUGAAAUUGUAUUUUUAAGCAAUGACUGCUGAAAUAUUUUGCAAUGUAUCACUCUAAUGCGACGCUGUUCCCGUGGCAUAACACAAUCUACUAAGUCUGAACGACUGAAAGUCUUCUAUUCACAAUAUGUUUAAUUGGUGACUACAUUUUAGCACGCAUGAUGAUAUCUACCUUAGAUGUGACUUUGUUCGUCUUCAGAAGAUGUCAACUUGUUUCUCUCUAAAUUAUGUCAGUUCGUUGAUAUUUGACCUGAGAAUUGGUGAAACGUUAUCUUCAUGCCCGAAUUCAUACAUUUGGCUUUUCAUUGAUUUCGUGAAUCCCAGCAAUGCAAGCUCACAUUUCUGUGGGGUUUCAACUGAUUCAGCAAAACUAAUUGCAACGUAGAAUUGCUACAGAAUGCAACGACUCUCCUUUUGUAACCGUGCUCGACUACUCUGCGAUUGAUUUUUCUUCUUAUAUUCAUUUCAUCCAAACAACUGCCAUUUUCAGAUGAGUGCAUAUUCUACAUAAUGAGAAAUUGGUUCCGUAAAAUUGCAAUAAACUAAUGACUUUCUGUCCAUGGCUUACGAACAACCGAGCUCACGUCUCGAUAAUGAUUGAGAGUGGAAGCGAUGUUGAACAAAAUAAAGAAUGCCACGUUCUUUUAGUGUGCACAUUCUGUGACUGGGCAUAUAAAUGUGAAUUUAAUUGCGCACUCGGCUGACUUGUGACGUGUGAUUAUCUCACUGUAUGACGUGUGCAGUAUAGUGUCAAUCAACAGUGAUUUAUCGAGCAUGAUUGAAACCUUAUUUUUGAAACAAGUAACUAUCAUCACCACUACUUAAAGCCUACGUACCAGGAAAGCAUGGGUGUACUACAUAGGAAAAUCUUCAUCAAUAACAUAGUGAUUCAUUGAUGAAUCCAGCUAGCAAUUCUGCUCUAAUUGUUGACCGGUUACCAUAGUAUAUUUUCUGUGUGUCCUUAACAAAGUGUAUGCGACAACAGGGCAUUUAAUAGGCGAGGGCAACGUUGCGGCAGUGUUCAAUUCGUCUUGUGACCUUCACGGAAACACGUAAUUGUCCUCUCUACAGGUGUCAGGUGUGUAUGGAAACCUGAUCUUGGACGUCAUUUCUUGGCGGAAACCUUCUUGGUUUAUCUAUCCAAUGAUUGGGUGCCUGCCUCCUCGCUUGGCAAUGGCCGCUUUGCCGCAGUUUGAGGUAGGACCCCUAGCGGCGUCCCUCGUACACACCGAUGGAAACGCUCUGCAGAAAGCGGUACGACUCGGUAAACUUAGGCUGACACGACUGCUUGUCGAAGGAGGCACCGAUAUACACAGUGUUGACGAUAAUGGCCGAACAGCGUUGAUCAUAGCUUGUAUGACGCGUUAUGAGGAUGAUAAGGAAAAUGUGACGAAGUUGAAAUUGGUGAAAUUGCUUCUGGAGAACAAAGCGAAUGUCGAUGCGCAGGACAAGUAUGGUCGUACGUGCUUGAUGUACGCGUGCAUGGAACUAGCUGGGAAAGAGUUGAUUAUGUUGCUGCUGAAGCAGGAAGCAGAUCCUAGAAUAACGGAUAAGAACGGAUCAUCUGCACUAGUGUAUGCUGUAAACGCCGGGGACGCUUCAGUGUUGUCAUCGCUUAUCAACACUUGCAAGAACAAAGGAAAAGAAGUGAUCAUCAUCACAACAAAUGAUCGUGGGAAGGAGAGAGAAACAAAACAGUAUCUAGAUGUUCCCCCUUCUCUAGCAACAAGUCCUCCAUUGUAUAAGUGCAUUAGUCCGGCACAGAUAGAAUUGAAAAAGCCAAAUUCCCUGAACGUUCCUAGUGCUACAAGUAAACUAAACGCAGAUGUGUCAUCUCCCAAGACACAUCGGAGACGUGAUAAACAGCUAUUGGACUCACCUUUAUCACCGGAAUCUUCACCGCGGUCACCCGGUAAUUCCCCGCGGUCACAGCGGUUACAGCCAACGAAAGGACAAGCGUCGAUGCAGUCCCGUCGCCUCGUUAGACGCAGUAGUAUGGGUCUCUUAUACGACACUGGUUCUGUGUCGCCAACCAGAUCCCAUCCAGAUUUACCCGAAGAAUCCGAGGAGGAAGCUGCUCGAGAAAGUAGCGGUAGCACCUCCACCCUACCAGCAAACAGUAACGAUUCACUACACAGGUCACCGCGUUCUUUCAGACGUCCACUGAUAAGACGGCAGAGCGCUGAUGCAUUCAGUCCCUCAUCACUAAACGCCGCGAAUCAUAAACUAAUCACACAUGCCUUUCACUCACCACAAUCUACACCAGAAAAGAAACUGUUACCGCGAGGCGUCUCUAACCGACGUGGCUCGUUACCGGCCAUGCCGCCACCUCUUAAGAAAAGUCAAACUGUUCAUGCCAUCAACGUGCCAAAGGCUUUACUUGAAAUGAAAAGAUCGACAGACUCAAAUGAUUCCAACAGCUUAACCGACAUUACUAACGACUCCCACCAUAUAUCUUUUGAUGGUAGUAAGAAAAAGUCCUUAUCGCGUCGCGGUUCUGCGCCAUUUUUGCUCGAAGACGAACUCUCGUAUACGCGACCCGGAACAUUACCGCCAUUAAACAUCAAUCCGCGUCCACCGAUUCCAGACAUCGGAUCAACAACGUCAAAACCCUCGCCGCGGUUAGGGCGCCACAUUAGUGGGUUAACCGCUGCACACGAUCGGCGAUAUUCCAUGCAAGCCGAAGAUAUCCGUCGCCUUACAGGCUUGUACCAACGAACAACCGAUAUUCCAACGUCAGAUUCGCGCAUUGACUCGAGUGGUGAAUCGGGAGCCGAGAGUAGUUGAAUUUCUAAUGAAAAUCUUGUCUAAUAACAGAUUCGUCACAUUCGAUCAUUCAAAAUGCAUUGUCUCAAUUCAUUCAAUAUUGUUUACUCACUGCCUUGUACAAAUUUUGGAUGCCUUGCUAAAUGAAAUUUAUUGAUGUGCAAUAUAUUUAUGGUCUAAAAAGUAUACUUGAAAUAAUCGUUAUUGAAGCCAGCUGUAGUCUGGAUAUAAUUAUGAUAAUAAAGAAUCCAGUGUGUGAAAUUUUUUCUUUAAUUUACCAUUAUCUUUUGCUGGUCAAAGAUCUAAAUCCAUGAGCACUUUACAUGUAAAAUCAAA